AGAAGCCUCGUCGAGCAUAACCGCCAUUUCAAAAGAAAAGCCACUCUUGACGUUCGUCAAUUAGUAACUGCUUAUGGUUAAUUUUUUAAACUUUUUCCGCGUGAUAAUGGUUAGAAGAACGCAGGCUAAAGAGGAUUUAAAGCACAGCCGAGCAUACCCUGGUUGGCCUGGUUAGGUCACGUGCAUUACGAAAGAGACAGUGGUCAGAUUUCACAACCAAAUCGUUUAAAUUAGUACAUGGCGCAGAGAGGCGAGAAGAAAUCGCAUGAGGCCACUCCGACCUUCGUCGAUUUAAACGACUUAGCAUGUAGCAGGGUAAGAACUCAAUAGCUGAUCCGCUUUAGACCACUCAUUUACGAGUAUCUUUGAGCAAUAAAUCCUAGUGAAAACUACGAUACUUUGGUUAUCUUUGCAUUGUUUUUAUAGGGAAUGACAUGAUUUCUUGAGUAAUUUGGAAUAUAUCAGACUUUAAGCCAGUUUUUUGUACUUUGUUGGGUGGUUUUGUUCUCAGCACUCUCUUUCAAACUCUGUUUCAAAACUCUGUUACUCUUUUGUGACCUGUCCGCCAUUUUCGUGGCUUUCUUUUCAAUCGGAUUUAAUUGACGUGUUCUCAGCCAAUGAGUACGCUGAAAUUUUCCUUUGUAUGUUAUUAGUAGGUAAAUCAAACUUGCUUCAAAUUCGAGAGGCCAUUGGCCAUAUAUAAAUGAAAUCAUUAUUAUAUCUGGCAAGUUCAAGGCACACAUUCUGCUGUUGUGAAUUUUAACAAAGUACACUUAAUAAGCUUAACAACAGGGUUUUUCCCUUAAUUUCAUUAAUGGUCACGAUAAAGUUAUUAUGACUAGGAUGUCCUCAAAAUUUUAAUGACCUCCUUUACCCAACAUACUGAACAAGUGUGUAUGUAAGUUAUUCAAAUCAAGAAGAUGAGUGCUCAUUUCGAAAAUUUGAAUUUUACUUAAGUCAAGAAGAACAGGAAAGAUACUGGCAUGGAUAAUAGCUUAAUUGCUGUUACCUGCAUUCUCUACAAUGAAAUUCAGCAAUAUGAUAAGGUCUUCAUAUAUGACAGAUGUCCUUGUGACCAUGUCGUACAAUGAAAAUCAUUGAAUUUCAAUGUAUUUCAAGCAAAAUGCUCCACAAAUUAACUUCCAUUAUUGAGCAUUUCAGUAACAUCCAUACCAAGUGUUAUAGAGAAGGCCAUACCACUCACAUUUAGUGAAACUCUAACUAAGACAUUAAAGGUUAGCAGUGUCAUUGGAGGUUACAUGAUACUUUUAAACAUUGCUGAAAUAUCUGUUGCCCAUGAAGAGCACAUUUUGAUAAGUUUAACUGAAAAAAAGCUGGUAAAAACGCCUUGUUCAGUGUAUCUUUCGCUGAGAUUCCAAGUUUUCAGGGUAACCACACUUUUUUUUGUAGGGCAGGUUGGGUUUCAAUCAUGGGGAAGAAUAAUACCCUGGAAUUUACUAACACAAGACUGCUGUGUUUCAGGUGGGAGGUGAAAUAAUGUUUGCCACAGAUGAUUGGUAUGCUGUCGCUGAAAAUGUAUUGAAGGUAAUCUCAAGCUUCAUUUCUACCAGGGGAAAACUGAUAAGCUGAAAAGCUAUGGGAAAGUCAGGGAAAUCCAAACCAUGUCGCAGAUUUCUAUCAAUAAUAAUUGUUCAUAGUCAAUGGUGAAUUGUGAGUGAUAUAAGCUGCAACAUUACAAAUAUCAAGCAUUAGUGUCAAUCGGAACCCUAUUUAUGUAGAACACUACUUGAAGAUUAAUAACCAUACUUACACUCAUGCUAACUGAUUUAUCUAUCAGAGUUCAUAGAUUCCGCUCUCUUGUUAAAUUCCAAUUCAAAGAGGAGAGGCAGAUGUACCAGUGUUUAUCUCUGGGUAAAUAUUGGGUAUCUUUUUAUUGAUUAUCAGGGAAAUUUGCUUGUUAAAACUUUCUAUAGAAAUGAAAAUUGUAUAAUAAACAAAAAUGCCCAUAGUACUGAGUUGUUGGUUAGGAGAAACAUAACAUUGUGAGCCAUAUAUUGAUUUUUGUGUUUUUAUUUGAUACUGCAUAACUAUCAUCAAGUGAAGUCACUCAAAGCCACUUGGAUUAAAAAAUAUCUAGAUCCAGAAAACAGUAGCAAAUGGAAAAUUAUCUUUAAUUUAGAGCUAGGAAAGUAUGGAGGCAAUGGUUUUUUUAAAGGAUAUCUUAACUGAAGAUCCACAUAUUAAAAUAAUUGUAGAAAUAUGGUCAGAUACUUUUUUUGAAGGAAGAAUAGUGUCCAAGGACCAUUUUUUGUCUCUACCUCUUUGGCAAAAUUCAUUAAUAAGAAUAAACAAUGCAACAGUAUUAUAUAAAGAAUGGCUUUCCAGGAGUAUAGCAAAAAUAAAACAUUCAACAGAUAAUUCUAAUAACUUUAUUUCCCUUGUCAGCUUUCAAAAUAAAUAUGAAAUCCAAAUAAAACUGCUAAUGUUUUUUGGAAUAAUCUUCGCAAUAAAACUUUUGCAAUAACAAAUCCAAACAACACAACUUGUUAAUACAUUUUUAAAAAGCCAAAAGUCUUCAAGAAUUGUAUACUAUCAACUUAUAUCUGAUAAAGGCCAAUGACCAAUACCAUGUCAAGAGAAGUGGCACAAAUAUAUCGGUUCUACGACCAAUAGAAAUGUUGAUUGGAGGAAAGUCUAUCAAACAUCUGCUGUGUGCACAAGGAACUCUAAAACUAAUAGAUAUCAAUUUCAGAUUUUUACGUAGACGGCUAGCGACAAAUAGCUAUUUACAAAAAAUAGGAAUUAGACAGGACAGAAAAUGCAACUUUUGCCAUAACAAAAAAGAAGAUCUGUUUCACAUAUUCUGGCAAUGCCAAGAAAACAAAAAUGAUGUGGCAGAAUCUUGCAACAUGGCUUCAGUCCUGUCAGAUUCUCCCAAAAGACAACCAACUACUCAUGGAAACAGCUUUAAGUCUUAGGCUUGACAGCUCCAAUUUCAAACUCUAAAUAAAUUUUUGCUGCCUAAUGGCUAAACACUAUAUUUGGAUAUGUUGAUCAAAAGAACUUUAUCUAACUCAAAACAUUACUUCUUGAUUCAUCUGAAACAUAUACAUCACUUAGAAAACAGGACACCAAGCAACACAAAAAAAAUGGAAGCCUUUUCUACCCUGGCUGGAUCAGGUCUCCUGGGCCUUUGACUCUGAAACCAGUCCUUCUCUCAUAUAUAAAACAUAUAUUAAAAUAAUAUACUUUGUGUAGAAUAUGUUUUGCCCUGAAGAAAGAAAGAAAGAAAGAAAAAAGAAAAGAAUCUAUAAAAUAAAAAUUUGUUUUGUUUUGAUCUGUUUUUUCUUUUGUAAUUAAAUAAAUUUAAAAUAAAAUGGAAAAAAGUAAAAGAAACAUUGUGAGUCAAAUGAAUAAUUUGUAAUGUUAAGAAAAACAAGCAAGUAAUUAACAUGGGAUGCUAUUCAAUGGCAGGUUACCCAUUGUCACUUUUCACCAGGUUUUUCUAACAAUUUGCAGGUACUACUUUAUACACCUGGAAAGAGAAAAGUGCUGUGAGACGAUAACAAAAUUAAGCUCUGCUAGAAAGAUCAACUCAUACAUGUUUUCUUCUCAAAUUUAUUUAAACCUUUAAUUUAAUUAAGAAAUAGCAACAACACAAAAUUAACAUUCAGCUGGCUGUGUCAGCUUUCUCAAAAAUUUUAAAGCUUCAUUGAAGUCUGCAGGCUAAGUUCUUAAUAAAGGCUGUAUCUCAUAUUUGACUUAGUUAAAUCUUGUAGCUUGCUCCUCCAGAGUGGCGUGAAGGAGUGUUCACAUCAUACGGCAAGUGGAUGGAUGGAUGGGAAACAAGGCGUAAGAGAAUUCCUGGGCAUGACUGGUGUAUAAUAAAACUUGGGAUACCUGGAGUAAUCCACGGACUUGAUAUUGAUACAUCAUACUUCACAGGCAACUAUCCUCCUAAAGCUUCUAUUCAAGCUGCCUGCCUUGAAAAUGGUAAGAGUAUUUGGACUAAACAUCUCCAGCACUUUGUGAAGAUGCCAUGUAACAGCUUGAGGGUUUGAAACUAAUACCUCUCCAUUGCUCAUGGUCUAAAUAUAUAAGAAGAAUAUUCUGCUUUUGUGAUAACGUCUCCAAAUAUUUAGACUUUAACGUCUUUCAAAUAGGACUCACAAUAAUCUUUGUGCUAUCUCUAGCAUCAACGUCUUUACUGUAAAGUACAGGUUAGUUAGUUUUAGAACUGUUGCUGCUGGCUUGUUCUUGGGGCUUUCUAAGGGGUUUAUUCUAUAGCUAAGGUUCCCUUGUCCAGCAAAACUUGUUUUAACAGUGAGCUCAACCAUCGCAAAUCAGGUUAUGUCCAAAUCAAGUUAAAGCAAAAUUUGUCUUGUUGAAUUGGAGGGGCACAUGAAUGAGUAAAAUUUUUUAGGAAUAUCUUGGAUUUCUUGAAGCUGAACUUUUGAUGUACCUCUAAAAUACCAUACCGUGUCCUUUGAUAGAUACAAUUCAAGUAGAUGCUGUAAGUUGAAGCUUACCUAUCAUUUCAGUUUGAAUUUUUAUUUGAUUUAACAUCAGAUUCAGUGAUAUUCCCACAACGAAAGAGUAUGAUGGGAAGUGCAGCUUGUGCUGACUGGGUAAGAAAAGUAGCCCAACUCACACAGGUAUGUAAAGAAUCAUUAUCUGUAAACUUUGACUCCUACUUUUAGUUUAUAGGCGAAGAAGAAUGCACUAUUUGGAUGGUAAGAGAAUUACAUGUACAAGAGAUCUCAAUUAACACGCACUUCAUCAGUUUUCAUGUUUUUCAGAAUUUCGACAUCUUAGGACAAAAGUUGGCUGGUAUUUUUAACAAAUACUUAGUUAAUGCUAUCAAAAUUUCAAAGAAAGGUAAUUAUUAGAAAAUAACCAUAAAAUGUUUUCACUCAAGAUCUUCAGUAGAACUGCUUUCCAAAAGUAUCAAGAUCCUAACCAUCAUUUGAUCAACAGCACUCUUCACUUUCCCACACAUAAUUUGAGUAAUUGACAGAGUCAAUUUCUGUGUACCCCUAAAUUCCAUAAAAAUUUAAAGGGUAAGAGGCCUAGAGCAAUUUUUUGUCAUAUGUUGUUAUGUUAUAGCCCAGCAUUGAUCCCUUUGUGUGACUGCUUUAGUUUGACCAAGUGAUUACACUGUUCCCACUGAUGAUUUUGCUUCUCCAUUUGUUCAGAGGUACUUCACACUCUCCAAGAUAUUUUAUACCAUCUGGCAAUGAAUUUUGCAUGAAUUUAAAUUUUGAUCGAAUACCACUCUCACACCAUGUCAACUGAACCUUAGGUCUAGUCACUUAACAGUAUUGAUUGACACAUAACAUUCAAGGUGCUGCUAUUAAGGAACCAUUAGGAAAUGCAGUUUGAGUUGAACAACAUCUUAUAAAAAUACCCCCCCUUCCCCUCCCCAAUUGAAGUUGCACAUUCCUAGACAGUGAAGUGUAUUGUUGAAUCUCUCAAUGUCACAGUCUCAGUGACGUCGAGAGAUUUAUUUACAUUUCAAAGGGUAUUGUCUGAAGUGCCAAUUCCCAUAUAGCUGGUCUUUGACCUUUUUUGCAGCAUGAGCACUACUUCCAGGCCAAUAAGACACCAUGGCACUUUGUCUUUACCUUCAAAUUGCAAAGUCUAUUUAGCAUGGUUGCAUGGCCUGGUGUAUGUGGUACCCCAAACCCUUUCCAUUUUGGCAUCUAGUACUGCAUGCUUAUCAUGCAUGUCUACCAGAUGUUUUGAGCAGCUACUGUUGCAUUGUCUCUAACCUGCUAUCCAGCUAGAUAUUUUUCGGGUCCCUCACUUGACUUGUUCAUAUUUUUCUGUUACAUACUAGCUAUUUGCUUUUAACAUUACAUAUAAUCUUGACGGAGUGGUUCUUAGGGGGUUUGAUCAGUCUACACUACAGAUAAUUCUCCCUAGAAUGUUUAUUAGAAAUUUCAAGGAGUUCACCUUGAACUUGAUCACAGUAUUUUCUUGACUGGUGUUGCAAUUCAAAAACCUUCUCAAGAUUGAAAUCUGAUGUGAGGUUGCAGUAUGGAAUGUUCCAGAACUGAAUCAUGAUGGCUGGUUGCCCUUGGUUGUUUAUUAUUAAUGUCAUACAGUGUGUAUAAUCUAUUCCUCCUAGUGUUUCAUUCAUCAUUUUUGGUCCUUGUCAUUGCACAGGACUGGCAGUUUAGUUUCAUUUUGACAACCAUACUUUGAGUCAAUGCUAUCACCUCAAAUAAACAUGUACCAUAAAUCUGGAUUACGGUAUUCGGUCUCCAUUUCAUAGCCAUAAUCCUUGGAAGGAGGGCAGCAAAUUGUUUGACAAGCAAAACUCUAUGAGCCAUAAGGGAGGAGUGACCCUAAAAGCCAGAAUGGUAGAAUGGUGGAAAAUGAUCCCAAAUCCUAAAACAUGGAACGGCAGAAAAUGACCCCAAAUCCUAAAACAUGGAACGGUGUAAAAUGAUCCCAAAUCCUAAAACACAGAACGGAUGUCAUGUUUUUUGUUUUUUGUUUUUUUUUUUUUAAUUUUAAUUUUUUUGUUUUGUUUUGUUAUUUUUUUUUUAAAAUCUUCUAAAACUGUGGCCCCCAAAAUAUUUUUCUCACCUUGUGAAAAAAAAAUUUUCAAAUUUUUCACAACUUCGCCUGCUCCUGUUCGUAUGUUUGGUUGAGCCUUUAUGGUCACUGGCCCCUGUAUAGCCUCUAACUAUGGCUUAUAAAUACAGGCAUUUAGUUUCAACUUGUAAAACUCCCUGAAGAAGUCUACAACAGCUAGAUGAGAUGCGUCUGAGAGUAAAGAAGUUUUGUAACUACAAUUUGCAAAGUGUUCCUCAUUAGUUCAGUUUUAAAAAAUUGUUUAAAAAAAUUGUGAAAGAAAUUGGUCCAGACAAUUUCUGAGCUGCCAAAGGGAAUGAAGUUGAAAAACAAAUAUUCAAUCAUUGUUGCAAACAGUUCCAUGCACACAGCUUUAAACUUAACUUUAUGCUCACUUUUAAUCCCAUGGAGUAUUUUUGCUUCUUUGGGGAAAAGAAGCUUUUUGUUCUCAUCUCCACCUAAUAGCUUCUUGAUUACAACCUUCUCAGAAUAGUCCAUUUUACAGUUGUGCUUGGUAGCCAAGCCUUUGAACAGGAGUGAGGCUAAGGGUGACCUUGUUAUGAUACAAACCUUGCUGCUUUUGAAAUGCAAAUUAAGUUGUUAUCAUGCUAACUAGAUUCUGGUCUCUAACACAGCCAGGUCACCUUCAGCCUCACUCCAAAUCAAAGGCUUGGCAACUAAGUACACAACUGUAAAAUGGCCUAUUGUUUCUUGCCACAAAAACCAAACCAUGGGAUCCUCGACCGAUAGCCUCUUCUUUGUCUUGCAACUGUUCCCGUGCAAAUAAUGGUAAACCGUGACAAUCCAGAGAUCCGUCUGAAUUAUACUUCCCUUUCAGGAAGGGCAAUUUAAACGCCCUAGAGUUGACGAUUUGUUUUGGACACUUGGUCGAGAAGAAAUUCUUCAAAUUCCUUUUAAUGGCUACCUUCUGCUAACUUUCUUUUGCCUUUUCACCCAUUGAGAAAUUCCCAUGUGCAGGACCCCUCGCAAACCUCUCUUCACCUAGUAUUACUCAAUGCCUAAAACUUAUUUGUGGAUGAAGAAACAUUCGUAUUGAAGGACUCAUUACUCGCAUGCUAGUCUAAGUUUGGAGCUGGGGCUGAACGUUGUUAUCUUUUGAGAAGCCUGAAAACGCUGUUACGUUCUCACAUUUACAAGCAUAUGUAUAUUGUUGUUUCAUUAAAUCAAUGCAGACGUGACCAGGAAACAUAUCAAAGUUACAAUUGUUUAUUGUAAUGUGGUAUGUCAAGUUGGUUUUCACAUUUUGUGUGACUUUUUAUGCUGCAACUAAAACUCUUGGUAAAUUUAGCAUAACAAAAGGUAAUUAAACAGGUUUACAACAUGAAAAUGUAGCCAUCUUUUUGUGCAUAAUGGUUCAUUAUUAUUCAUACCUUUCAGUAAAGGAAAAGAAAUUAAUAACACUUGAUUUUAGUCACACAUGUUAUCGUCGUGGGGAUGAAUAUGCUAAGCGCUUGAGUGCCUUUGUACAAACAGUUUGCGCAACAUGACAUCCUUUCCGCGUUUUAGGAUUUGGGGUUAUUUUCCACCAUUCCGUAUUUAAGGAUAUGGGGUCAUUUUCCACUGUUCUGUGUUUUAGGAUUUGGGGUCAUUUUUCACCACUCCAUGUUUUAGGAUUUGGGGUCAUUUUCUGCCAUUCUGUUCUUCCAUUGUUCCAGCUUUUAGGGUCACCCAUAAGGGAGACUGUAGUCUCUGUAAUUAUGCUCCCUAUCCUAGGUGUACUAUGUCUAUUGCUACAGACAAUGUGAUUGUGGGGGCUUCUACAUGUGGCUUCAGAUGAGCUUUGCUAUUCGGGGUGUCUGGAAAGUGGCUCCUUCAGAUUUAACACUUAACUCACAGGUCACCGUUGUAACUGUUUCAUUGAAUUAUUACCAGUGCAGGAACUUCAUGGAUUUCUCUAUUACUCACAGAGUCAAAUGAUACUAUAGCUCUCAGAUACUGUUUUAAAUGAUACAGGCCUCUUAAAUGUUGGGUCUGUUUAGGUUUCAAUGUAUCAAAUGUGAAAUACCCAAGAUGUUUCAAAAUAUCUAAUCACACUCAUGUGAACAUUCAAGUACAACAAUUAUGAGUUCUUUUAGGAUCAGGUAUUUGAAUGGAUUAUUUUGUUACUCCUUUUAAUGUGUGCCCUUAAAAGUGUCACUUCGAAAUAUCUGUUAGCCCUUUAUCUCCUAUGACUGACCAAGACAGAAUUUCUCCUUACUUUAGCUGUACAAGUGAUGAGAAUAAAGAAAAAUAUCAAUGAUGGGAUAAAUAAUUGAUCCAAUACCAAAUUCUCCAUACUAACAUAAUGAGAAUCAUUUGACAGACAGGGGAAUUACUAAUGCAAUGUUGGGAGUUAAAGGGUUAAAUGUGAUGUGACAUUUAUAUUGAUAAACUAAUGAACUCACACAUCAGCCACAACAUUUUGGUGCACAACUGAGUGUGUGGUUUGUUUUAUUCUCUGACGCAGGAAUGGACAUAUAUUUUACCAAUGACAAAGCUACAACCAGGUUACCCUUCGACAGCUCAUAACUUUUUCAACAUCAACAACUCCCAAAGGUGGACUCAUCUCAGACUUAAUAUCUAUCCAGGUAAGUUAAUGUGAGCAACUUGUAGGAUUUCCAGUCCUUUGCUGAUUAAAACUACAGAAAAAUUUGAACAGCGUGCUCAAGGCUGUCUAUGGCUUCACUCCAUCAGGAACAUCUCCCCUCCUUGUUGCAAACAGGAAUAACCUGAUCACUGACAAAGAGGAGUUUGUAGAGGGCUGGGCUGAACACUUCAUAGCAUAUAAUAGUGUUCUCGACAGCCCUUCUCCAUAAAUGACAAACACUUACUAACCUCCCAACCAAAGCUGAGGUGGAGAAAGCUGUCAUAUCUGAUGUAGACUGUAGAGUAUUCUUCACCACCUUUGCCUUUUCUCUGGAGCUUAGUGAUACUAUAAAUUAUUGAGAAGUUGAAAUCUGAUUUUAAAUGCAGUUUGAUCUAUAUUUUACCAGGACAAGUUUGUCAUAGUGUAGACAAGUUCAUUCUAUGCCCUAAGGGUAUAAAUAAUCACAAGUUACUGUUUUGCUUUUUUUUUUAUAGAUGGUGGGGUUGCACGACUAAGAGUGUAUGGAAAAGCAGUCAAGGAUUGGAAUCACUUGGACAAAAACAAGGUUAAAUUUUUACUACUUUGAAAAUAGUGACAUCCUACAGUUCUUUUAUACGUUAAUAUUGUAAACUCAGACUUAAAAUCAAUAAAUUUUAAAACCUUCCACCCUUCUCUUAGUACUGGCAAGUGGAGGCUGGGAGGAAAUAUCUAUCACUACAGUACUACCUACUUAUUUAUUGCCCUGGGUCCAUGUGUUGUGACCUAGAGCCAAACUCAUUCCAUAAGCAGUUAAUCAUAUGAGCACUAAUUUUGGAAAAUUUUGGAAUUUUAUUUCAACCAAAAUGGAAUUUACUUACAUUCAAAAGAAGGGUACACCCAGGGCAACAACUAAAAAUAUUCUGCAGUUAAAAUAUCUUUCUUUUUUUCUUCGAGUCAAAACAAGAAAUUCUUCAUUCAAGGAGAGGCCCAACUCAUUUUCUCAUGCAUGUUAUUUGAAGUUAAAGCCCACAAUUUCAAUCCACUUCCUUGGAAAAUCCAAAAGAGCUGUGUGGGUGCAGGGCCGGAGGAGACACAAAGAAGACACAAACUAAAGUCAAAUACACAUUGGUCAAUGUUGAUGUAGCCAUGAUAGGAAGAUAGAACAAAACAUUCACAAAUAUUACCACUGCCAACUGUAAACCUCAGUGCACCUUGUGUGAUGGUUAAGCAGGAUAAACACAUUUUUGCCAUACAGGUGCCUGUUGACCUGGCUGCUAUGGAGAAUGGUGGAAUGGUUGUAGGUUGGAGUGACAUGCACUUUGGGCACCCUCGCAAUCUUAUUGCUCCUGGGUUAGCAGCUAAUAUGGGUGAAGGCUGGGAGACGGCUCGCAGGGUAAGAAUUUGUUUGGUUGGAACCUCUCUAUAGCAGCCCUCCUUUUUUAAAUAGUCCACAUUGUUCCCUUUGGUGGAUGAAGCAAUGCACAAAAUUAAUUCUAAAUGAUUUGAAGUUCUCAUCAAGGAGUUUAUCUUAAAAUUCUCUUAUGCUUAAAUUUUAAAGUGGAAAGACAAUGUCAACUUAGAAAGUUCAGAGCUUUCAAGUUAAUGAAAUCCAUUCACCAGGAAUCAUAAUUAUUCAUCAACAACAAUUGCCCUCAUUGAUUACACCUUAUAAUUUAGUACAGCUAAAUAUAUGGUGCCUUAGCCUGGCGUAAGGCCUGAGGUGGAAAUUUCCCUUUACAUAGAUAAUGCGGUGGAGAUUUUGCAAACUACACCACACAAAUUUUUCAUUUCUCACUUUCGGUAGUUCUUGUAUGGUUAUUAUUAUUUGGUAGGUUGCAAACCCAAACCCCACUUGCAGUGAACUGACUGAUCCAUUCUUCUGGCCUGUGGAGUUUUCCACAGGGAUUGUUUUUUCUCAAGUUACAGACUUCCAUUUUGCAAAUUACAAAUUUCUAUUUUGCAAAUCAUUAGCGGUUUUCUAUUUCGCAAAUCAUCAACAGGUUUCUAUUUCACAAAUCAUCAACAGGUUUCAAUUUCACAAAUUACAGAUUUCUACUUUGGGAAUUACAGAUGUCAAUGAGAAUUGUUUUCUCAUACCAUAAUGUGGUAAGAACAACAGUUACACCCUGGCUUGGUACUCUUGUGUCCCUGAUUUGUUCUUUCUGCAUUUUUUUGACAUAUAAAAUGUGAAAUUGCACACAGAAAAAUAGAAUCUGGUGAUUAUCAAUGCAAAAUGGCGAGAGUGAUCAUGGCACUGAUCAUAGCAUUAUGUCUCAUAACAAUUAACUAGUAAAUGGUUUUUUGUAGCUUGAUCGUCCUAGUAUAAUUGAGGUAGGAGAAGAUGGAUGCUUAAAAGUACCAGGUUAGUCAAUUGAAACUUUUUAAUAAGAUCCCUGUACUUGUGACCUCUGCAGUUAACUUUGAAAAAAAGGAAUGAAAAUAGAUAUAAAUAAACUUGACAUAAAUUAUUUGAUGCAUGAUGUUUAGAUUUUUAAUUAUUAUAGCUCUGAGAGCAAAAUGUUGUCAUUACCCUCUGCUGUAAGAGUUCUCUACAAACAUCUUUUAUCACCAGCUGUGAUCACAAAGCACAUAUGCAAAGUUGUAGAAAAAGGAGGAUUCUGGUGCAUUUUGAAAACAAUCUUGACUUUUAAGGCAUUUCAUGAAAUUUAACCUUGAUUUCAAGGCAACUUGAAUUUUUCACAGGUGAAUAAUAUUCACAAUGUCUCACUCAUGAGUUCUGAAUAUUAUCAUCUUUAGUAGUCUGAAUAUUAUCAUCUUGAGUGGUCAUCUUGAACGAUUCUCUUGAAAGAUUCUCUUGAAUGCUUCUCUUAUUGCACCAUCGGGGUGUGGAUUGUUUGUAUGAAUAAUUCAUGCCUUUGCUUCAAUUCAUCAUACAUGAUAUGCGUGAAUUUCACAACAUCAUCUGAAAUUCAAGUCUUUGCACAUGCAAGCAUGCUUCAUGGUUUCAUUCAACAGGAUGGGCAUCAAUUUUGUAUCUUCUUAUGAAGAAGUUGUACAUGUGGUGUGCCUUGAUUUGUUCUUUUGUCAUAAGCUUGUCUCUGUAAAUGAGAAAAGUAUGACAGUCUCAGUUUAAACCUUCAUGAAAAUAAUUCGCUCUUUUCGUCGAUCUCAGGAGUACAAGAGACAAUGAUCUUCAUGGAAAUGGAUUGAGAUUGGUGGAUAUAGAAGAAGGAGUUCAGCUCGCAAUUAACAGGAAAGCAUUAGGCUCAGGGAAUGUUAAUUUUUUUUUUUUUUUUAACAUUUUUUUUUAUUUUCACUUAAAGCACAAACUAACGCUUACGCUACUCACUAACACUAAUUACGAAAUACUGCGUUACAUUACAUUCACGGUCGGCUAGAUUUAAUUUAUGUAGUGGGAAUGGGAAUGUUAAAUGUCACAUUUUAAUCCUCUCAGAUGCUGAGCUCAACAUCAUUAACCAUGGGCUUGAAAGCAUGACUUAUUAAUGAGACAACUUCUUGUAUACAAAGACACUGUUUUGACAGAAGAACAAAUCAAGGUACACCACAACUUCCUUGGAUGAGGAUACAACAGUGAUAUUUGAAAAUCUUCAUGCAAACAAUGAACAUGCUGAUGGCCAAACAAGAGAAUAUUUCAAGAGAAUUGCUCGAGAUGAUCUUUCAAGAUGAUAACAUUCACAUCCUCUUCAGAACUCACGAGUUAGACAUUGUGAAUAUUAUUUACAUGUGAAAAAUUCAAGGUGCCUUAAAAUCAAGGUUGUCUCCAAAAUGCAUAGGAAAUGUUUUUUGAAGUUAAGGUUAAAUUUCAUGAGUUGCUGUAAAAAUCAAGGUUGUUUUCAAAAUGCACCAGAACCCCCUUUUUUCUACUACUUGCAUUUCUACAACUUGCAACUUAGCUCCAUACUUCAGAAAAUUUGUCAAUCAAUCAAGCCAAGAAAUCAAGUGACUAUACAAUAGUCAAUGCUCACCAUACUUACAUGAUGUUACUUUUAAAGCAAGCAACCUGUUACAUUGCUGGCACAGGUUUUUGCAUUGCAUGUGUGGUGAUGAUGUUGGAGUAGGUAAUGUCUAUGUAUGCAUCCAUCUGUGACUAGGACAUCUAAUUUCCAUUGGCAAGGAAACAUAAAAUAAAUGUGAUAUGUGCAAUCUAGUGAAGUGAACAUACUUGAGAGCAGUGCAAUGGCAAGGUGUAUUAUGGGGAAUUACGGUCAACUCGCCGACGGACCAACUCGCCGACGUAUAAAAUCAAGUAGAGACAUCGGCGAGUUGGUCCUCAAUCCAGAUGUUCACCAAUGUUCACCAGUGUUUUUUUACUAAAUAUCGUUUACUUUUCUGUAUGUUUAACUUUUAAUAAGUUGUAUUGGAUGGACGACCAACUCGCCGACGUCUCUACUCGAUUUUAUACGUCGGCAAGUUGGCGUUGGCGAAUUAGUCCGUCGGCGAGUUGACUGGUUACCAUUAUGGGCACCAGAUUGAUCAUUGCACAUGUGCUUUGUAUAGGCAAGUAGAUGCGAAAAAGAUGUAUGUGAGAAGUUGAUUAACAAUUCAGGUUUUUGGCUUGAAAUCACAUUCUAUGUCACAGUUGAAAACACUUUUUGUGUAUUUUAAAAUUUCCACCGAGCAUGCCCAGCAUAUUUAUUGACAGCUACUAGCUGUGUCAAAUGGAAAUAACGACUCAAAGUCAAUAUUGAGGAGACGAUGUUAACUUAAUAGUCAGAAAUGAGGUAGAAAGAUACGGAACAAAAAUUAAGAGGCAAGGAGAAAGUUGGGAGUAGCUCAAAAGCAAUUUAAAAAGGCUUGCUUGCACAUGUAGAGAUAUAACAAAGAGCAAGCAAUACCACAGCUGAAGUCAGGAACAUCUGUGGUAGAGAAGAAUACAAAAGAGAGCAGGAAAAAAUAAUGGGGUUGGAAGGCAAAGAUCUAGUUAAAAGGGACUUGAAAAGAAAAGUCAAAGGGCUUGUGAUACCACACAAAAUAGAUUUCAUGCAGUAACAAAAAAAUCAAAAGGUGAAAAAGUCCAGAGAAAAAUGAUGAAGAUCUGGUAAAGAAAAGCAUGAAAAAAAGAAGAAACAGGGGUCAUGAAGGCAGAUGGAAAAGAAAUGAAGAGCAGAAAAUUCAUGGGAAGGAGAGGUCAAAAGGAAAAGUUGAAGAUGUGAUUAUUUUUCAUCUAGAACAGGAAAGUGAAAAAUCAGCUCCUCCAAUUACAAAUCAAUACAAUUUUGCAAGAGAUGUCAGAGCUAUGUUUGUAUUUUGAAACAGAAUCCUUGCAAUAAUGUUAUUUGUUCUGACCUCUAGGUUAGAAUAUGAAAAGUUGUCCUUGAUGUUAUCCUAUUACAAAAAUGGAGCAGUUCUUUUAUAGGAUCAGCUUAAAAAUUCAUGAAUUAUCUCAGAUUUAAAAACAAGAAAAAAAGUGAUGGAAGGGAGAAAAAGAUCAUAAAACUCUAGAAGGAAGUCUUACAUAGUGCUACCUAAUUUCCUCUGGCUUUUCAGAUUUUUCAUAAUAAGAAGAAUGAUGAAUUUUUAUAUAGUGCUUUUUAUAUAAAAUAUUCAAAAGCACUUUUUAUCUGAAAUUUUCAAAAGGGCUUUACAAUUUGAAGAAAAUUAAAAUAUUUAAAUUUAAAAUCUAAAAUACCAUUAAAUAUCAUGCUUUUUUGAUGGGCAUGUCUUCAACUGUUUCUUAGAAGUAACAUAGUUAUGAGGCAUUGUAAUCAACUUUGCAAGCUACUAUUCCACUUAGAUGGACCAGUGAGGCAAAGGCUUGAUCACCUAAACUCUUGCAACUCACAUAAGACACCUCUAACACAGCAGGUUCAUUGGACUGCAGAGAACUUCUGAAAGAUCCCCUUUCCUUGCAUGUGAUGACAGAUGCAACAUGGUGCUAUACCAACAAAAGUUUUUAAAGCAGAUAAUAAUACUUUGAACUUGAUUGGAAACUGUACCAAUGAAGUCAAUGAAGGUCUUUGAGGUAGAAAUAAUAUGAGAUAUGAGGGUGAGAUGUGUUAGGAUGUGAUUUCUUAGUUGUUUGGUUUUGUGGAGACCCUUAAAAGCUUUGCAGCAAUUGUUCCCUUUAUGACAAUCCUUUGUCAUGCUUUAGUCAAACCAAGAACCUGAAUUUCUGGCACUUUUUACUGGCUCAACAAUUGAGUCUCCAACUAUGUUAAAGUUGGUCAAUAUUUAUUGUGGACAGCUGACCACAGGUACCAAAAAUCAAGAAUUCAGCUCAAUAGAGUCAUUUAUUAUGAGAUGAUAAGAGACCAUCCAUUAUCAGUAAUACUAAGCUAGCUGUGAUUCUGAUUUAAAUAAGGAGUAGAUCUGAGUGUUGUCUACAAAGGCAUGCACAGGUGGAAAUAAUGUUUUCUUAUGAGCAGAGGAGAAAAAAAAGAACGGGACCCAGACAGGUUCUUUGAGGCACUCUACAGGAUAAGUUGACUCAUUUGACAGAGGGCAUGUUUUCGAAAAUGAUUAGUAAGACUGCAACCAUUUAAGAGCAGUAUCUGUUAUACCAAAGUCAUUUUCUAAGGUAUUCAGUCACAAGGAGUGGGUCAACCACAUCAAAGGGGGCAUUAAAAUUCAAGCUUUAGGUUGUAGUGUUUUUACAAAUACCGAAAUCCAUUCCACGAAAGAGAACAUCAAUGUAAACAAUUACUCACAAAAUAUGUGAAUUUUGCAGAAUGGGAAUCUGUUAGAGUGAGGAUCCACCUAUAGCUAAUGUAGCCUGGAAUUGGCAGGUGCCCUCCUCUUUCAAUUUAUGUUUUUUAUUUUGACUGUGCGUCCUCUCCUUUAAAUUCACAAUUAAAUUUACAUUAGUAUUGUUUUUUCCCAAAGUAUAAAAAAUGAAUGACACUUGUUUGUAAGUUGCCUUAUGCAAACAUAAACACUCACAUUAAUCAGGCCUACUAAAAAUGUAUUGCUGAUUAAUCAUCAAUACCAUAAACACAUUUAUAUCAUUCAAUAACAGGUUGUGAAUGGGCAGUUAUUCAGUUAGGACAUCAAGGAAUUUUGAAAAAGGUAGGAUUUUUUUAAUUAUACUGGAAGGGCAUAUAAAAUACAAUAAAGAAUUCAGUUAUUGUCUUCUAGCUAGAGGAAAGUAAAGUUGCAGAAAAUUAAAUUUUUGUGCUUUCUUAUUUCUUUUGUUUGUUUGUUUGUUUGUUUUUGUAGAUUGAAAUUGACACCAAUCACUUUAAAGGCAAUUUUCCCCAUUCCUGUGUAAUGGAAGGUAAAAUUAACUAAAUGGUGAUGAUGGAUCCAUGACAGGGAUAUUAACUAUUUCAAUAUUGAUAAUAUUAUUGAUCCUGAUAAGAUCAAAACUAUAACAAAAUACUGGAAGGUGAUUGUUUCUCACCAGCCCAAUUUGAGCACCAUUUAGACAGUGUUUGCAUCAUGCUUGUAAUUGUUCAGUGUUACAGGACAGUAUACACAUGCCUGUGUAAUUGGACAUGCUGUAUGUGCACACUAUUGUCUUGCCUUUCACCAAGUGAACAAUUUUUUUUUAAUGAAAACAUAUAACUGAUGGCUGGUUUGUUUUUGAAAUUCUAUCAUUAUGAUGGGUUUUGAUGGAUUGGUGGUAGGAUUUUGUGUUGUCCAGUUCUGUCUGUAAUGGUACUUGUAAUAAACAAAUUGGACUCUCAGCAUGUCUUUUGAUUUUGUUCAUCACUAGAAUGAUUACAGACCAAAUUGGAUAUACCAUAAAAAAUAAGAGUCUCAAUAAUAACAGUGGUAAUCAUGAUAACAAAUCUAGGAUGUGAAUAUGAGUGAUCUUCACAAUAAUGAACAAAACUUAAGCAGUAGUGAAAAUGAGGGCGUAUCAUCUCAUAGAGGCCUAAAUUUUUCAUGCCUUAUUUUAGCUACUGCUUAAGUAGCUUUCAUCACUGCAAAUAUCUCUUUCAUAUUCAUUUCUUAACCUAAAGUUCACUUACAUGAUUUUCAUAUAUUUAAAGUCAUUUAAGACUAGGAUGCUUGGUGAAGGGUGACACUGGAGGAUGUGGGGUUUGAUUCUAAAGGGGGGACUCAGAUUUCUUUUGCCCAAACCUGUCACAAGACAAACAAUAUCUUUGUUUGGGGACUGCACUAAGUGUUUGCCAUAAUUCUUACUCUAUUCAUUCACAAUUGCAGCAUUGCUGAUGGUAAUAAUUAUGCAGGAUGCAUGUAAUAUCUAUACCUACCUUGUAGUGAUGACCUACUGCAUGUAGCUCACCAAAUAAUUCUCAGUAACUCAUUGCAAGAUCAGCCUAAAGUCUGAAAGUCUGGGGAUUGGCUCCUGGUGGGGAACUCUGAGGGAGGGGGGGGGUGCAUAUUGAUGAGUUUCCAAACACUACUGUACACUGUAAAUUAUACUGGUAUCAUUAAUGUUGUCAGUGACAGCGAGUAUUCCAUAAACAAUUUAUAAGGGAAUCAUCAUACCCAAGAUGAUAAAAAAGCAAUGUACAACAACAGGAUAAUAUAGAAUGUUACAGGUUAGAAAAUCAUAGACCCUGAACAAAAUCAUACUGAACACCUUAUAACAGCUAUUGGAGGUUGUCCUUAAAUUUCUGAUUAGUUUCCCUAAUUUUUUGCAGCCGGUAGUUUCUUUGAUAAGUUUGGUAUUGUUUAUAAUGAUUAUUGUCAUUAUUUCUAUUGUUGCUGUUGUUAUUAUUAUUAUUGUUAUUAUUCUUGGUAGGAGUCUUUGUGCCAUACCUUAAAAGAUUAGAUGCUUCCACUGAUGACUGGUCAUCACUAAAAUGGAAAACAAUUUUACCCACUUCCAAGGUGCUCUAUUCCUUUUUUAAGUUAUGCCAUACCACAUCCUUUUUGUUUUUCUAAUUAAUUUCUAAACAUGUUAUGAAGCAAAACAGCUGCACAAAAGGCUUUCAGAAUUUUUUAAGUAAUAAGCUUGAUUGAGGUUAUGUCACAAACAGGAUGGUUCCCUGAACCACCCACCUGAUCUGAUUGUGGAGGCCAUAGGAAAAAGAGGAAAAUACCUCAAGAUCAAAACAAAUAAAUCGGUAGACCUCUAUAUUUUUACGGUGGAAAAGUCCUUUUUUAAUAAGAAAAAAGGAAACAGUUUGCUGUUUUGUAAGAGAAAUCUUACAAGGGCUAAACCCUAAAAAUUCGCGAUCUUUUAUCUUAAGCUAAAACGAUGAGUGUUGCCUAUUCCUACUUGCUUUUCUUCCAAUGAGAAUGGGGCGGAAGGUUUUUAAAAGAUGCUGAGGCAAUAUCUUACAUUUUGAGGAUCUCUCCCUGGACAUGUUUGAUUUAUUUAUUUAUUUAUUUAUUUAUUUACCUUACCUCAAGCACGUUGAAUUACAACAAAGCACCGCUACAGCGCUCGGAAUUGGCUCCUUCACUUUGCAAAACCUGUUAAUUUACUCUUAUCAUGAUGAAGUUUGCUCGCGCGGUAUUUCUUGCUUGACACGCGUGUGUUCAGAGGUUUUUUGUGUCUUUGGUAGUUUUCCUUGUCGUGGAGUCCACCCCAGUUCGUGGAAUUCUUUGGAGUACCCUUAAAGCCUGUGAAAGGAAGCCUCCUCGGGUGGUGCAUUACUUUAUUAUUUUUAAAGGGAUUGACCUUUUAAGAUUUUGUAGUGAACUUACUUUUAUUAUAUAUUGAUAAAUACAUUUCCUAUUUUUCAGUUGUCUCCACACAAGGGUCACUUCUUCUCCAAGCUUGAAGAAUGUGGUGUCGUUUCACAUGUACGGCUAACUAUUUAUCCAGACGGAGGUAUCAGUCGUCUGAGAUGUUGGGGUUUGCCUGACCUUUCCAGCAAGUCAAGCUUGUGAUUCGUCCUUAAACUUUGACUUUCCCAUUUCCCAUUCCCAUUUCCCAUUCCCAUUUCCCUUUCCAUUUCCCAUUGGCGCGCUCUGCCACCGAACUAUAAGGUCCAUGGAGACAAACUUCCUGCAUAUUGCUAGGAAGUGGAAUGUCGAUAUGUUAUGUUUAUGUGCAACGAUGAUGCAAAUGACGAUUGAAAAUUAUAAUCAAGUUGAUGUAAGUGAAGAAAGAUGUUAUUGAGCUCACGCUCCGAACCAGUUGUCCUUCAUGUUUUUUCCCGUAAGGAUUAGCGCACCCAUGGCAUACCGGUACUAUUCGAAAACAUGUGCGGCAACAUAGCUGUUGCAAGUACAUGUCUUAAAGCCAAAUACGAAGCUGUUUCAUUGAACAGUUUGGUUGUCAGAACCGAUGUUCACACGGUCAGAUUUUUUACACUUUUGAAAAUUAUCACAAGAAUCUGAAGUAUAUUUCUUAGGGCUAGGACAAUAAAAUUUCCUAUUUCACUUUAGAAAUUGUUUUAAUGGUUCUUCACGGCAUACGAAAGACAAUACGAAAAACGGCCCGAAAAGUUUCUCCUGUGCCUCAGCAAUACCCUUCUACGGUAAGUUUCCUUAGUGGUAGGGAAAUUAAACUAAAAUUGCAGGAGAGCUCAACGUAACAAACAGGGCACAAGGAAAACUGUAAGCGUGCAAGAUAACAUAACAAUCGGGCAAUAACGAAAUUUAAGAAAGUGCAAAAAAACUGACGUAACGUUCGGCGACAAAAAUGAAAAGUAAAAGUAUACAAGAGUAGAGAUACUAACGUAACAAUCAAGAAACAAGGAAAGCUAAAAGUGUAUGAAACACUAGCGUAACAAUUGGGAAACCAACGAAACUUUAAAAAAUGAGAAGUACUAAGGUGAAGAUAGGAAAACAAGGAAACUGAAAGUCUGAGACAUACUAACAAAACAAACAAGAGUUCAAGGAAAACUAAAAAAGCGCGAGAGACCAACGUAACGGGAAAACUUAAGGUGCAAGUGAUACCCAAAAUAACAGUCCGACACAGCAAAAAUGAAAGUGUGCG